UAUUCAGGACGCCUUGACACCUGACAACCGACAACAUCGGGAGCAAAUCUCUAAUAUUUUCAAGGCUCAUUGUUUACAGAAACGUGUGAGGAUGUUUGGAAAGUUUACACAAACUCUUAAACAGUCUGCGAGUUCACUUGUUCAGCAGAAGCACAGACGUCGCAGCUGAGUUGCUUGCAGCCGGCGGACACAGCCAGUCUGUCCCCAUGGCCACCGCACGCUUCCCCGGAAAAGGUGCGGACGUGGUCGUCGCCAACUGGACCGCUCCAGCGCUGGGCAAGCCACUGUGUGUCAACGGGACCCGAUGGAUCCUUUACCUACUGGAGGAGUGUGUGGAAAAUAUGUGGGAAUACUUCAGCGUGGUGAUAGGACUCGUAUCUAUGUUGUGUUUUCUGCUGUCCACUUUGCCGCAGGUCUGUGAGGCCUAUCGCAAUGGUAAAGUGGAGGAGGCCAUGUCUUUUGGCUUCCUUUGUUUCCUCUUGAGUGGAGACCUGACCAGCUUUGCAGGGUGCUUGCUCACCAGCCAGCUGCCUAUUCAGGUGAUCACAGUGGUGUUCUACAUCUUCACAGACCUGAUCCUCAUCUCCCAGUUUCUCUACUACAAGAUCAAGAACAGCUCCAGCAGAAAGAACCCGCUGUUGAAGUGGCUGUGUUUCAUGUGGUGUGGUGCUGCUACGUUAGUCCUCCUGAUGGUACUGAAGCUUGUCAUAGACAGUAGUACAACCUCAAAUGCUCAGAGUCCAACUAUCUCUAAAUCAGUGGAAAUCACUGGCUAUAUAUGUGGAUACCUGGCAUCUAUCUUUUACCUCUGCUCCCGUUUCCCCCAGCUCUAUAAAAAUUUUCAGCGACAGUCUACUGAGGGCACAUCUUAUCUGUUGUUUGCCCUGGCUAUGAUGGGCAAUGGAACAUAUGGGCUGAGUGUCAUAGUGGUCCUGCCUGCACUCGGGGGCUCCAAACAAGCCUACAUCAUCAAACACCUGGCCUGGCUCAUUGGAAGCCUGGGAGUCCUCAUACUUGACUUCUUUGUGACUGCCCAGUUCAUCAUGUACAGGAAGAACAACUUUGGCAAAAACAGCGCACUACUCAGUGUUCCAGAGGUGGAACCCCUCCUGCGUGAGGAAGAGGAACUGUCGGUGUUAUAGGACACAAAACCAACGUGGACACUUUUAUCAAGAAUGGACUAGUUAGUCUAGUUGUUUGUUCUUAACAGUUCAGUCUCAGUUCACAGGAUCAUUGUUUUACUAAUAACAACUUGUGAAAACAGACGUUGCACAAGUGUUGCUGAAAUGAGGAACCAUUGGAACCAGAAGGUCAUUUCAGUGCAUGGUUACAGGAUGAUUAUCUGCCGUUAAACGGACAAACACCAUGAUAAUGUUCUCUGUGGUAUCUAUAGUAUUAAAAUCUGAUCAGUACAUUCUUCUUAACAUUGCAGCUUAUGUUAAGUACCACUUCACAGAUGAACUUCAUCUCUGUAGAAUCAGACCCUUUGACACAUGUAGCUCACAACAAGAGACAGUUCAUGUCAGACACAUUUUCGCCAACUGGAACUACUUUGUUUGGUUUAUGUGAUUGGGGGGACACCUGGGGAGAGUGUGCAGGAGGUGGGACGAUGCGGUGUCACAGCCAGUUUGUAAUUUGGUUAUAAACAACCGAGUCUCUUGUCGUUCAUUAAAGUUGUCUGACGAUUCUGAUGCUGGCUCUUAACGACAGAAGUUCCUGAAUCACCUCCAGAUAUUUUUAUUGCAGUCUUUGUUGUAAAUGACUCCUUCUUCUUCUUCACUGGAUGUUUGUUUUCUUCCAGUUUUGUACUAUACUCUGCUGUAUCCUCACUUGGGUUCACUCUGACUCGCUCAGACUUUAUGUGGACUUUGUACUAGGGAGCUGGUAGGGUAAAGUCCGCUUAACAUCCGGGUCAAGUGACUCAGACAUUUGCAUUCUCACGUAGAGCCCUUCUGGGUAAUGUCUAGAGAAUUUCAGGGUUCCAGUGCAUGUCUGAAAAGGGCUACUGUUUCCCUUCCGGCAAACGUUUCAGCACCACUUGUCUUUUUCUGCUCAUUAGUGACUUUUUUUGAUUAAUUAUUUCACAGGGAUUCCUUGAUUUUGUUUUGAAUGGACUAAAUGUAUUUUUAAUUGCGAACAGGGACCAUACUCAACCACAGGAGGAACCUUCAUGCCAGAUGACUUUUCACAAAUGCAGACUUUAUUUAAGACUUAACUUUAUUUAUUUUUACCCAUUUUUGGCAGGGUAAAGGCUGUUGCAGAGAACAGUAAAUUAUAGUAGGACUCUGUUCACAUUACAGGCACAUUAAUUACAUUAAUGCUCUAUCCUGAAUUUUUUGUCAGAUCCAGUCUUUCUAUGUUGACGAUUACCAGGCAUGUUUUCAGACAGCAGUCAGAUAGUCAGAGAUCGGGUGUGAAUCAGAUCUAGGACUACAUAUGAAACUCGCCCAGAUCUGAAUUGAGAAAAGAAAAAAAAACAGAACACUUUGGCUUCUUCACAGUGAAACAAUCAGAUCUGAGUCUCUUUGGGGGGGAAACAGGCUUGCAUCACUUCAGCAGGUAGGACACAUGGUAUGGGGUGUUAGUUCUCUUACUGUAACCGAUUUGGUAAUAUAAGUGCAUCCAUUUUAGACCAAACUAGUUUUUAAAUUGAUAGGCUUCUAAACUAUUCAGUGAUUUACUUAAGCCAUUAUUUUUCUUAGAAAAUUUAAAAGCAUCUUUCUGUUUAGAUUUCCAUGUAUUAUCUGUUCCGUUGUUGUGUGUAGCAUUAACUGUUUUCUUCCUCUUUUGUAACAUUUGCAUGACAUGAAAAAACAUUCGUUAAACAGCGAGGAACAGAAAUUGAAACACUUUAAAGCAAAGCAGAUGCUUUUGUGAAGUCAAAUUAUUUUUAAAUCUGUUUUGCCUGAUUAACUUUAUUGCAGUGUAACAAAACAAACUGGUGACAGCAAAGGAGAGUAAAGACUGAACAAAGUCAUCUCACUAAUGAGCAGUUCAAGUAGAACAAACGUUUAGUGUAACUAAUAGCUCGUCACUGCUGUGCCAGAUGUUGCAAUGCAUUGUGGAUGUGGCGGUGACACUGUUUAACCUAUCACCUGCGUAACUACAGUACUAUACCUGCAGAAAUCAGCAGAUUCCUCCACCUCUUUGUAGUGUGGACAUGAUUCAUUUCUCCCAGUGUGCAGGAAGAGCUAGCAUGUAGCACAGUGCUCCAUAACAUUUAAUUGAUAGCACCUAAACUGCGUUUCAGAAACUCAUAGCUAUUGAGUCUGUGUUGUUUGCUAUUAUCACAGUAAUGAUAUUAUGAUGAACAACAUUCUUUUCCAUCCUUAGCCAGUCAGCUGAUGCAAUAUUGUUGAUUUAUGAUGAGAUGCAGAGUUGUUUGCUGAAAGGGUAAUUUAUUUGCAAAUACUUAAUGUACAUCCUUUUCACCAGCAAAUUAAAAUUUGGAUCAUUUUUUUAUUACCUGAUUGAUACUUCAAUUUCUUCUCUAUUACUUCCAAAUGAGUCUGAUAUGCUUUUUUCAGUUUAGCCCAGAAAUGUACCUACAGAGGUGG